AUGAAAAUCGCUACUGUAAUAUUUUUUACAUUCUGCGCGGUGGCAGGACUUUUGUCUCCAGCUAAUGCCGAUCUAACGCUGCAACGUGGAAUUCAAGGUGGUGAAUUUUACAUUGAAAUCAAUCAGAAGUACAAUUGGUUUCAAGCAUCCCACGAAUGUGCUCGCAAAGGCUUGAGACUCGUUGAAAUACCAGACGCCGUCAAGAAUGCGGAAUUAAUCAGUGCACUGAGGACAUAUGUUGGAAAUGCCAAAAAUUUUUGGAUAGGAGCAAAUGAUGAAUAUAAUACAGCCAACGAUUUACAACGUCCUUUCUAUUGGUCGUCGUCUGGCGAGCGUGUAACAUUUACAAAUUGGGCAAAAGGCGAACCGAACAAUCAUCAAAACAAUGAACACUGUGUACACAUAUGGUCAAUAGGAAACAACUUCGAAUGGAACGAUUUUCCUUGUAUUGUUAAAAUGGGAUUUAUAUGUGAAAAAUCAAAUUAA